AAUUUAAGUUCGAAUCUAGCGAGACCUGAAAUAUUUAGAUGGCAACACUGGCCCAUUCUUCCUUAAUGUAAACAGAGGGUGGUGUGUGUUGUGGUCUGAAGGCAGUGCGGGGGUGGUGCGCAUUCCGGAGGGUUUUCAGAGGGCAGGGUGAAGGUUCAAAAUGAAGGUUCCAUACAACAUUUUGUUUUCUGCAACACUUUUUGUGUGUGUAAUGGCAAAGGAGGAUCUGGACUUUGUGGACAUGGAACCCGCAGAUAAUGAGGCAGCCCUUAAGUGUGAUGCUUGCAGAAUUGUCACACAGAAGAUUGUGUGAGCUCAGUAGCUGUGAAGAUGAAGAACAUGUGUUAAGAUGGCAGCUGGUUGGUGGCAGCAUAGCAGCAGCACAUCUGUGAGGUAACAAGACAUCAGCUGGGGAAGUUUACAGCUUUUGCUGAAGCUUUCUUUGAGCUUAAAGAGGAAAUGACAACUACCAAACAAACACCUCAUGACGAUGACAUUAUUAAUGCUGCAGAGAGUGUGUGUGAUGAUACCUGGAAUGGAUUUGGUGUGACACUUGUGGAUGACCGAGAAAAACUCACAGCACUGAGUGGCCUCUCGCAUGAAGAGGAAUCUGUCUGGUCCCGCAGACUGCAAGACAUGUGUGAUGAACUUUUGGGUGAAGCAUCAGAUGAAAAGACUCUUUACAACCUGUGGGCAAGUGGCGGCUCCUUAGAGGACCACAUGUGCAGAGGUGAGAGAACCUUUGGUGCCUGCUCCUCAGAUGAUUGGGGUCCCUGGCCUGGGGAUGAUUAUGACGAUUAUGAAGAUGCAUCUGAGUUUGAAGACAUUCAUGAUGAAUUUUAAGUUUCACCUUUAAUAUAAAGUUAGUAUUAUUAACAUUAUAUGUUAAGGUUAAAUUAGUGUCUAGUAAAUAUGGACAGGCAUUUCAAACUUCUAGAUUUUAUAAACUGUAUUGAAUAGUUUCAUAUUUUACAUAUUAAAUAAGUGUCCACUAACAUUAUAAAUUCAGUACAGUAGAAGCUCUCAUCAUAGUUUGUAUUUUGAUGCAUCUCUUGACUUCAAAUCUGCCAAAAAAUUGUGUUAUUAAAUUGUCAGAAAAGUAUUGUCUGAAAAAUUGUUUUUGAUAGCUAUUAUGCUUAAUUAUAUGUAUUUAAUUGAAAAAAAUAAUAUAAUAAUGCAUGGAACAUGGGAAGAGAUCAUACAAUGAGAUCCCAGUCAUGGACCAAAGAUCAACUGAGCUAACAAAAAUAUUACCUGAAAAAUUGUAUUUGACAGCCAGUAUACUUAAUUUCAGUGGUUAUGUAUUUAAUUGAAUAUUUAUCUCCUGAUGUAUGGCAUGUGCUACUUCUACAUUUAAAAAAAAAGUUAUAAAUGAAUGACAGAAGUACUACAACACUAAUGGUGUAUCAACAGAAUGGCAGAAGCCAGACAGCUGUGUGUUGCUUGGUGCCAAACUAAUCUCAUUAUAUGACUUUCAAUCACAAAUCAUUCUAUUAUAUUAGUUCAUUAAACAGUAUGAUCUCUUCAAGUAAAUCAUUGCUAUGAAAAACUGAUCCAGUGCCAGUGUUAAUUAUUAAUCUAAUCAGCAAGUGACACUAUGAUUGUAAGAAUGGAUGGAGGGAAACAGGAAAGGUUAUCCCUAGUACUGUAUCUGUUUAGCAACUGACACCUUAUAUAUAAAAAUGUAUAUAGAUUUGCUUGCCACUACUCUAUAGAAACAGGAAUUAAAAAAUGGAUGUAAUACUCAGUCUAGUAGUGGUGCAUCUCUGUGUAUCACACAUUGUUGACAGCUUCUUAUGUAGCCAUUCAUUUCACAAAAACUUUCCCAUUUCCCUUAUCCUGUUAUAUGAUUUUCUGUUAACAUUUUUGUUUGUUUCCCAUCAUCCCUCAUUACUGCCUUCACAACACUAUCAGAUAUUUCAUUCUCCUCUCCUUUGCAAGCCCAAAAUGUUGAAUUCACUUCUACUCUAUUCUUUACUCAUUCAGCUUCACAUUAGUUGUUUACUUGCUCUCCCUGCUUCCUUACUACUGUUGCAUCCAUUUGUAUUCCCUUCUAACACUCCUUUCAAUUUCCAUCUAGAGCUCCUUUAAUCCACAUGAUAUGGCAACACACCGAAAUAAAGUGAACCAGUUUUCACUUGUCAUUGUCUCAUGGACUGAGCUCACUUCAUCCCCUGUGCUCUAGGAGGUUCUUGGUGUGUGCUGUAGAGCUUUCCUGUAUGCAGUAUAUGACACUACAUAUUUCUGAUAUUGGUGUAGAAUUAAGCACAGCCAAAGAGAAGAUUGGCAUUUGAGAUAAGUUAUAUGGGAAAUGCAUGUGGAGGAGAAAAACCAAGUACUUACAGAAGUAAUCUCAAGUUAUCCACAGAGUACACAUAGAAGAGGGUGACAAAGUACUUACAGUGGGGCAUGUAAUCUGGCUCUGUGAAUCGAAAUUUCUUUACACACCUUGAGCUCAAGUACUUCAUCUUUCAGGGGCAUAGUACAGGGAGUUAUGUGAUAAAGCUUAGUCUGUUGGAUGGUACACUGCCCAAGAUCUGGUACGUGGUUUUUGCACACGUAUUUCAUUAUUAUUGUUUAUUUAUUUAUUUAUUUAUUUAUUAUUAUUAUUUUUUUUUUAUGGUGGGAAUUAGUAUGCUCCAUGAGAUUCAUGAAUUUUGGUAAUUUGAAAGAAAAAUACUCCCUGAUAA